AUGACUUCUUCAAUAUCCGUACACAUACCAGAUUGUAAGUUAGGUACCGUUCGUGUCGAUCGAACAGUCGAUAUCUAUCCGACACCGAUAAUAAAUGACGAGUCGAUUUUCCAUGUCAAGUCCUAUGUGCCCAAAUUGAUCUUAAAACAGCAAUUAACAGAAGUUCCUGGCGAAUUAUUUAUUGAGGAUUGCUCGGACGAACGUCAAUAUGCUCCGAAGACCAAAUGGAACUAUCAAAGCCGUUCAGCAGAUGAAGAUGAGUCUGAUAUCGCUGUCAUCUAUUCGCUUGUACGAUGUGCUACAACUCGUCGAACGUCAGUACCAUAUCUUUCUGUUUUACCCUUAGCAACAAAUGUGAACAUUCCUCGACCGUGCGCAGCUCGAACUUAUACAUCGGAGCCGCCAUUAACUCCCAUUGUAACACACGUAUCGAAACAAGCGGAAAUCAAAACAUUGACAUCCACGCGUACAAUAACAACAAUAACGACACCAGUAACAACUGCUACCCAGCUAUCACCACCGACUCGUAUUCAAACGUCUACUUCAUUUACGUCACAUGAUCGGCCAUCAGCACCGUUAAUUGCUAUUAAACCUCGUCCGUAUUCAUUUCGUAGCUCAGGACGCAAUGUUUUCGAACGACAAAUUUCGCAUAUAACAGAACGUGUAACACAAUUGCAUGAAACAUUUUUUUCUCGUCUAUCGCAUUCACAUCUACCUCAUCAACCACGAAAUCGUUCUCUCUCAACUUCUCAUCCACCAAUAACCGAUUUGAACUCGGACGAAUCCGACCUCAUAGAGAAACACCUAGUUAGACCGCGACCGAAAUCGGAAACCUAUGAGGAUCACCAUCGUGUUCAGACAGCUGGUCCGUAUGCUCAAUUAACUCUUCUGGGUCAACCGAGGGCAAAUCCUGCCUUUCAAACGCAAAAGUCUGUUUCAUCAUCCGAAACACAGAAUGAACGCGUACAGUUUCGUACACAAAUAUCUACUCCCGAACGAUCAUCAUCAACACUAUUCGAUGCAAAGAAAGCACGUGAUGCCUACGAUAAGAUUUUCAAGCAAUUCGAAACUGCAAGAAAAGAACUUGAUCGACAACGAGCCAAAGGUUCGAAUCACAAUACAGCACGUAUAACUCAGCUUGAAAAACAGCUGCGGCAAUUCGAGCAACAAUUAAACGAGAUCAAACGUCGUUUGGAAUCGAUCGAGCCAAAUUGUGAUUCAUCACAAACUAAACAUGAUGACAAUCAAGUUAAUCGAACAAACACAUUCAUUGAAUCAUCAACAAAUCGAUCAAACACUUUUCCUCAUGGCAUAAGCAGUCACAAGAAACAGAAUUCCUUACCCGAAUCGACAAUUUCGCAACUCAUAACAGGAGGCUUACCCUCGACUAAUGCGAAUUCACCGUUACAUCAUAUCAAACGUAAAUUUCAAACUGGAAAGACUGAGGCAUUCGAUCUUGUUAAGAAUACCGAUACGUUGAAUAAUAUUCCAGCAGAAGAAGUCUUCAAGUUUCGCGAGCUAAUUGAAAAUGAAGAUGAAAAUAAUCAUGCAAAUCAGUCGAAUGUUCAAUCGAUAUCAACAUUCGAUGAUCUUCAACUGUUAAUCAAUACAACUAAUUGGAUCCCGAUAACUAUUUUUCUCAAUUUUCUACUUACUGAUACAAACAGUGAUCCAAGUCAUUUAUUGUUUUAUCUGAUAACCGAAGAACUUCGUUCGAAAAAAGCCGAAAAUCGAGCUGAACUAGUACGAUGGGCAUUCGAGAUUCAUUCAACUUUUACCAUGUAUAGUAGUCCUUUAUACAUUGGCCUUCCGCAAUCACAAAUGGAUGCUAUUAAUCGUUCUUUGAUGGUUCAUCAAAUAGAUAUGAAUGAAGAUAUGAAGAUUGUUUUCAAUGACGCUCGAGAUCAUGCGAAAUCUGCCAUUUCCAACCGACAAUUACCGGAUUUCAAUCAGAAGCGAACAGUAACUGCGAACAAUGAUCUAACGUCGAAACAAACGCACUUCGUUGAUGAACGUUUACGAUCAAUUUUCGAACAGCACUACAAAUCUGUCUCGACAGAAGAUUGGAACAGUACGAAAAACAAUCGAAGCCUGGCAUUAUUAUGUUCAUUGGCAACAUAUUUGAAACGUUGUGAUAUAAAGAAAUGCGGAAACAUUCCACUAGAAAAAAUUCCGAAAUUUCUCGAUAGAGAACCGAAACGUCUAUUGGCCAAACUGCAACGAGCAACACCAAUGAAAAAGAUCAAAGAACAUCAAUUCAACGAACAUCAGUUUACUACCGAAACUCUUUGUCAAUUCUGUUACAAACCACUGUGGGGGAUCAAUUAUCAAGGCUAUUUAUGUGGAUAUUGUCAGCAAGCUUAUCAUCGUGAAUGCGUAUUGAACAGCGAAAAGUGUUCGAAAGAUCGUGUGAAAUUUCGUAAAAUGCCAAGUAAUCGAAAUCCUCCGAGUCCAUCUCGAACAGAAAGCGUAAUUGAUGGACGGGAGAGUAGUGUCCCAAAUGAAAUCAAUGAAAAUACGCCUGGCUCAACUGACGGAACCGAUCCCGAAGGAAAUGCGGCAGCCAAUGAUCAGAAUAAAAAUCCAACCGUUGGACGAUGUUCAAGUGAUCGUCGAGCAGCGCCCGAUCGACCAGCUGCACCGAAGAACCGUUCAAGCAGUAAUCCACAAAUGGGAGGAAAUACUAUUGAUGAGUUACUUAAUCAUCACAAUGAUAACGAAUUAGCCAAUCAACAGGAUCCAAUGUACCAACAAGCGACGUCAUCAGAAUUGUUAACGCAACAAGCAGCCGAUGGCGAUAGUGACUUGGAAGCAGAUGUAAAUACAUUGCCCAAUCUGAGUGAAGUGAUUCCUGCGGAUGUUCUUCAAAUUCUUUAUCAAACGCGAGAAUGGAAAUUUCAAACAACAAUCAAUGAGCUGAUUCACACUCAACGUACACACUUGAAGAGCUUGAAAAUUAUGAAGAAAUGCUUUCGCGAGCCUAUGGAACGUUUUCCCGGCAUGAGUCCAGUUGAACUUGACUGUAUAUUUCGCAACCUUGAUCAGUUAAUUCAUUUGCAUACACAAUUCAAAUAUGCACUUCGUCAGCACCGCGAAGAUGCAAAAGAUCACGUGGUUCGAAAUAUCAGUGAUGUAAUUCUGAAAUUUCUCGACGGUGAGAAUGGUGAGGAAUUUGCUCGUGCCUGUGCAUAUUUCAUCGAAGAUCAAUCGCAAGCAAUCAAAUUAAUUAAGAAAAAAGAACAAUCGCCAGAUUUUGCUGCACUUAUGCGAACAUGCGAAUCUAAUCCAUUAUGUCGUCGGCUGACAUUGAAAGAUUAUCUACCAUCGGUUAUGACGCGUUUCACGAAAUAUAAAAUGUUGUUCGAAGCAAUGCAAAAAUUUGUCACCGAAGAUCCGAUGGAGUCCGAGAAAUUAACUCGAUGUAUCGAAUGUGCAGAUUAUAUAUUAAAACGUAUGAAUGAAGCACGAUUGAAGAAAGAACAAGAAGCGUUAUUGAGACAAAUUAAAUCCAAUCUUGACAUACAAAUACCAAACGAUGCCAAAGUACAAAAUCUCAAAGAUUGUUUGGAAGUUUCGAAUGAUCGCUUGAUUUAUUCUGGUACAUUGAAACUAUUACCAGAUUUAACCACGCAAAAAACCGAGUUUGAGUGUUGCUUAUUUACGGAUAUAUUUGUUUUCUUUCAAAAAAUACCCAUUCAACCAUCGGAACAACGUGGUAUCGAAGAGUCGUAUAAAUACGUGCUGAAAGAACAUCAACGCGACGCGAACAGUGGCCGAACACAGCGUUCGCGUCCAUUGGGAAGUACAACAAAGUUUACUACAGGGCAAAAUUUUAUUCUCACACCAAUUAUUCGACUGGAACAUUUGUUAAUAAAGAAGAAAGCAUGUGGAGGUGCUCGUUCGUUCUACGUGAUCGAUACCGAUAAAAAGCAAUUGAUCGAAGUCGAAGCAAAUUCGAAAGAUGAUCUGGAAAAAUGGUUAGGAUGGAUUGAGAAAGCUCGAAAAUCUUUGGACAAACCAAAGCCUUUCCUAUCAUCUCUCGAUGAGAAAAUUCUACGUUCAUCUUCCUCCACAUCGACAAUCCGAUCAACAAUCAUCGAAGAAGAUCCAAACAAUCAGCUGCUCGAAUCCAAUGAUAAAGAUACACUACAAUCAAUAACAGAGUCAAUUCUUCCUAUUGACAAAGAACUGAAACGUUUAUUGUACGAAAAACAAAUGCUUUUAGCACGUCUUCUUAACAUUCCUCAAGAUACAACAAACGCGCCGACGUAUUCACUGAAACCAAAUUCUUCAUUAGAAGCGAUUUCAUAUGCCAAUAGCUACUACAAUCAAUUGUUACAAGUCAUCACACAACCACAAAACGAAACAACAGGAACUGUAGAUAUUCAUUCGAUUUCUACUGUCUUAAUUCAACUCGGCGACCAACUCUCUUUAGCUUUAAAACUGAUCAAUCAAAGUUUUAAGCAUAAAGAUAAUGAAAAUUUACUACUACGCAGAAACAGUACUUCAUUUACCGUUACUCCAUCACUGAAUGGUGAACAAAAUCCAAGUUAUUCUGAUAUGCCCAUAUCAUCUCUUCAUUCAUCUCAAUCGCUCAGUUCUGUUAUAACUCCCUUUCAGCAACAAUCAUCGAUAACUGAUUUGGAUGAAGGAGUGAAAACUACGCCGUUGAAGCAAUUACACGUGGCAAGAGAAAUUGUCGAACGGUAUGAUGAAGGUGUGUUUGACGACGGUGCUGGAAGUCAAACUGAAGAUGAAAAUAACAGUGUAGUUAUUGCUGACAGUGAUGAUGAAGAUGAAGUCGAACAUUUCGAUACGACUGAUGUCGAUGGUCACCAACGGCACAUGAAUGAAAAUUCUCUGCAAGAUACACAAACACAUCCUACUGGUGAUAAAAAUUCAAACGUAUUCGAUGAAGACAAUCUAAAGGCCAAUGAACCUGCCAGUGAAGCAUGA